CUUGCAAGCAGCAACAGCGCUGCUUAGCAGUAUACAGCCAUGGACAGCUAACCAUUUGGCAGCCCAGUCUGCAGAGACCUGGCCGUUCCCACUAGAAGACUACAACUCCCAGCACCCGUCGCGGCUCACAGUAGAUAGGCAAACAUAGCGUCCGAGGAGAUCCGGAAGGCUGGGGUUCAUUGCGCAGCCGUAAACUUCCUUCUGUUUCUUUCCCCUAUAGGUUUGUGUUCUGGCAUGCCAGAGAUGGGAGGGGGGGCGUGUCCUAGCAACGGACGUAGUUGCUGUCCCCUAUGUCCCUUUAUAUGGAGCAGGAAGGAGGGAGGAGAGAAGGGGACCCUUAAAGCAAAGCCAGACAUCUCUUCGUUUCUCUGUCAUCAGCUCAGCGCAUAGUUGCUUGCUAUAAUAAGCCUGGGUAUAUCAAACAAAAGAAUCCUGUCUUCUCCUUUGCCCCUUGGUUGCAUCUACUCCGCUGUCCACGCUGUCGGUGGGCAGUGAAAACUUCAGGUGUCCAAACAGAAAUGAUGCUUGAGUCCAUUCGUGUCACUGAAAAACUUCACUGGCCGCAGCGGGAGCUCUCCAAAAAGAGACUUUUGACCCCUGAAGAGCAUAAACUGAUGCUUCAGAAUGAGAGCCCUGUUCAGGAGGACCUCUCCCAGUGCAGCGUCCUCAAGGACAUGUUCACCACAGGGACCAGCAGCUACAAUGUCCUCCUGCAGAGCAAAGAGAGGAGAAAGCACCUGGUGCAGAAGCAUCCCUCGGUGUAUCCCAAGCGACACCGAAAGGCCAUGAAAUCCUCCAGCGUGUCGCGAAAUAAUGAGCGCUGCAAGCUCAAGGCCCCCCUGCCUUUCCUCCGAAGUGGGUGGUGCUGCCUCAAUCGACAGCCCUCCCUCUUUAUCGCCAGCCUGGCGCCCCCCGGCAGCAAGCCGCCGCACAGCAUUUCUGUGACGGGCUGUGGCAUAGGGCCCGCCUCCAGGCCCAAGGUGAAACGGCGUUCUUCCUCCAACCUGACCAAGCCAAAGCAGCUGCCGCCGUCAAAAAGUUAUGUAAAAGAGGGCGAUGCCACAGGCCGAAAGUUCUGCAUCCUCACUGCCAUCAAGCCCUCCAACGUGGAGAGGGAGAAGACCAAGUUCUUCAAGUCCAAUUACAGCUACAGUCCGCAAUUUGAAUAUGCAAGUCCAGCCUUGUCCAACGUCUUGGCGAAAUACAGCCAAGCGUCCGGCACGUUUCUAAAGCAGGCCAUCAAAAUUAUGGAGCUGACCCUGCAAAAAUACGGAAGUUAUGAAAAUUUUGAGCUGGCCACAGGAGGCAGCCUCCUUUCCAGAAGUCGCAUCUGGAGCCAUGUCAGGAAAUACAUGAUGAAAGAAGGCUGUCUGGGCGAGAUUGUAGUUCACGUCACUGAAGACUUGCUUUCUCGAGCCUCAAUGACAGUCGUGAAUGGCCGUCCAACUCUGACAAUCAAUAUUGCCACUGCACGCGAGCAUUGGUUGGAAGGGAUGUUAAGGCACGAAAUAGGGACCCAUUAUCUUAGGGGCAUUAACAACAACAGUCAACCAUGGUGCAACUGGACUGGUCGCAGAAAGCAUGGACUAAAACCCAUCAACCCCACAGAGGAAGGUUUGGCGAGCAUUCAUAGUGUUCUCUUCCGAAAGGACCCAUUUCUAUGGAGAGCAGCCCUUCUCUAUUACACCGUCUACCAAGCUAGCCGAAUGUCCUUUAGCGAGCUAUUCCAAGACAUCGGAAGGUUUGUCAAGGAUCCCAAUACAAGGUGGGACUAUUGUGUUCGAGCCAAGAGAGGUUCGACUGAUACAUCCCAACCAGGCUGCUUCAGUAAAGAUCAAGUCUAUUUGGAUGGCAUCCUUCGAAUUCUGAGAUACCGACAAUCCAUUGAUUUCUGCUUACUGACAGCCCUAGGAAAGGUUUCCUAUGAGGAUGUGGAACGCCUUAAGGAAUUUGCAGUACUCGAGAACAUGAAGGUGCCACACUUCUUGCAAGACCACACCCGGUACAUGGAGCACUUGGAGAAAAUUAUGGAAGUCAAUGAGCUGUCGGACAAGGAACUCCAGGCACUUGUCCCUUAGGGUGGCCAUGUUUUUUUUGCUUCCGGUCUGCUUCAGAGUAGAACCCAGGGAGUGAAAACUGGUAGAAAUGGGAUGAUCAACCUUAUUUUGGUGCCUGGCAGCAUCUGAAUACUUUAACACUGCCUUUCAAAAAAAAAAAGAAACAUUAAGAAAGAAAAUUGCAGAUAUCGACUGAAAAGUCAUUUGCUUUCGAUUUUUUUUUAAACCAAAAAAGCUACUUAUUUUCAUCCCAUUCUUGAGGUAUAUGUCAGAUUUUGUAAUUUUUCCAGAUUAAAUUAUAGAUUGAGCACAGACAGCUUCUUUAAUAAAUCCUUUACACAGAUUAUUUCAUAA